AUGAACGGACCCAGCCAAAAGGUCUUGGUCCGCAGCUUCGAGAGUGUGGUGCGAGGAGAUGUUGCGUCCGUCGGAGGCAAGAAUGCUUCCUUGGGAGAGAUGAUCGGUGGCCUCAAGAAAGAGGGCAUCGCCGUUCCGCCUGGCUUUGCCACAACCGCAGACGCGUAUUGGCGCUAUGUCGACGCAAACGACAUCAGGGGGAAGAUGACCAAGCUAAUCGAGGAAUGGCAAUCUGGCAAAGCAACUCUUUCGGAAACUGGCUCUGCAGUGCGCAAUCUGUUUUUACGUGGUGACUGGCCGGCGGAUGUGGCAACCGCCAUCGCAAACGCCUAUCAGGAGCUUUCUGCGCAAGCAGGCAUUAAGAAUCUAUCCGUGGCCGUACGCUCCAGCGCCACGGCUGAGGACUUGCCCGACGCAAGUUUUGCUGGCCAACAAGAAACAUUUUUGAAUAUCUCGGGUCAAGCGGCGCUAUUAAGCGCCUGCCGACGUUGCUACGCUUCACUUUUCACGGACCGGGCUAUCAGCUACAGACAGACCGCACAUUUUGAUCAUAUGAAAGUCGCCCUGUCUAUCGGCGUGCAACGCAUGGUUCGAUCGGAUGCUGCCGGUUCCGGGGUGAUGUUUACUCUCGACACUGAAAGUGGUUUCAACAAGGUUGUGCUCAUCAACGCAGCCUGGGGUCUGGGCGAAAAUGUCGUUCAGGGCACCGUCAAUCCCGACGAAUACCAAAUCUUCAAACCGCUUCUCACGAAUCCCGACCUCGUUCCCAUUAUUGAGAAGAAACGCGGUGAAAAGGCUAUGAAGAUGAUAUAUGGAAAUGAGCAUAUGCCAACCCGCAACGUGCCCACCUCAAAGAAAGAGCGGCACAGCUUCGUGCUCGACGAUCAGGAAAUCCUCAACCUGGCGCGCUGGGCUUGCAUUAUAGAGAACCACUACAAAUGCCCCAUGGAUAUAGAAUGGGCCAAGGACGGCAUCACUGGAGAGAUGUUUAUUGUCCAGGCGCGGCCGGAGACUGUGCAAGCACGCCGUGAAGCCAGCGUCUUCAAAACUUACAAGAUUGGCAAGAAGGGCCGUGUUCUGGCGACUGGUCUUUCGGUUGGCGAGGCAGCCGUGUCGGGCCGUCUAUGCCUCAUCGAAUCGGCCAAGGACAUCGGUAAGUUCGUAGAUGGGUCGAUCUUGGUUACGGCAACAACUGAUCCGGACUGGGUGCCAAUCAUGAAGCGAGCCGCAGCUAUCAUCACCGACCAUGGCGGGCGAACAUCGCACGCAGCCAUUGUAAGUCGUGAACUCGGUGUCCCUGCGGUCGUUGGAACUGGAAAUGCCACCUAUGUUCUGCACACAGGACAAGAUGUUACCGUGUCUUGUGCCGAGGGCGAUACUGCGUUUGUCUAUGAAGGCAUCUCGGAAAUCACGGCCAAGGAGCUUGACGUGACCGGGCUACCAGCCACCCGAACCAGCGUCAUGCUCAAUCUCGCCAAUCCGGCGGCCGCUUAUCGUUGGUGGCGUCUCCCCGCCGACGGGAUCGGAUUGGCACGAAUGGAAUUCGUCGUCAGCAGCAUUCAAGUUCAUCCUAUGGCACUGGUCCAUUUCGAGAAAGUGAAGGACGAAAACGCCCAGGCAGAAAUCACCAGACUGACAGCCGGUUACAAGGACAAGCCCGAGUAUUUCGUGGACAAGCUCUCUCGCGGGCUGGCAUGCUUGUGCGCCGCCGUCUACCCCAAGCCAGCCAUUAUCCGUAUGAGCGAUUUCAAGACGAACGAGUACGCCAAUCUCAUCGGCGGAAAGGACUUUGAGCCAAAAGAAGAGAACCCGAUGCUCGGAUUCCGGGGUGCGUCGCGGUACUACUCUCCACGCUAUAAAGAAGGCUUCGCGCUCGAAUGCAGAGCAAUCAAACGGAUACGGGAAGAAAUGGGCUUUACGAACGCCAUCAUCAUGAUCCCCUUCUGCCGGACCAUCGGCGAGGCGGCAAAGGUGAUGGAGGUGAUGGCGGAAAACGGGCUAAAGCGCGGCGAGGGCGGCCUCCAGGUCUAUGUGAUGUGCGAGAUCCCCUCCAACGUGAUACUGGCCGAGGAAUUCACCCACCAGUUCGACGGCUUCUCCAUCGGCUCCAACGACCUGACCCAGCUCACGCUGGGCGUGGACCGCGACUCGGCCGAGCUGGCCGACCUCUUCGACGAGCAGGACGCGGCCGUCAAGUGGAUGAUCUCGCGCGUCAUCACGGUGGCGCGCAAGACCGGCCGCAAGAUCGGCCUCUGCGGCCAGGCACCCAGCAACCAUCCCGAAUUCGCGAGGUUCCUGGUCGACUGUGGCAUCAGCUCCGUUUCGGUCAGCCCGGAUAGUUUCCUCGAGGUCAAGAAGCACGUCCUUGCGAGCGAAGAGGCACAGGCACAAGCCAAGACGAAUGGUUCUUGA